AUGUCAGAACUAUCAGACUCUUCCACGUCCGCAAUGACGGAAGCCCCCAGUGGCAAAACCUUCACUGUCUUCGACAAGCUGCCGAUUGAGAUCCGUCUCGAGAUUUGGAAGGAGAGUAUUCCCGAGGGUCGUGUCGUUGCUGUUACGGACCGAAGAGCCAGACUGGAAGGUUGGGGAGGCAGCUUCGAUGGAUUUCGUGCUCAGAUCUCUGCUCGAUGGACAGUUCCUGCUGUCAUGCAAGUCUGUCAAGAAAGCCGCAAUGAGGUCAAAAAGACUUACACCUACAUCCUGAAAGAUCAACUCGGAUUCGCUGUUCCGUUUAACUUCCAGCAUGAUACUCUUCUGAUGGAUGGCCCUGAUGGUACUGUCUCGAUGUGGUCAUUCGAGAAGGCUGGCCGCAACGAUGAGAAUUGCCGGAAAGAAUUGGCUAUGAUCCACGCCAACCUCAAGCACUUGGCAAUCCAGGGACAAAGACUCCUUCCACGAACCUUGAAUGAAGUCCAACAAUUCACCAAUCUUGAAACUUUGGUUCUUCCGUCGAAUCCUUUCUGGAACGCUCCGGAAGGUCACGACGCAUUCAAUCUCAGGAUUUCUGAGCGAUUACGCUUGACUUGGUCUCAAUUGAAGCAAGAGGGUGACAUCAAAGAUGUCAAGCUUCGUUCUGGGGAGGACAGUGUCAAUGAUGGAAAAUCCGGAACCACGAGGCAAUCUGUUGCUAAGUCUUUCGCUGUGCCAAGCUUUGCCCAUUACUUUGAACCUAUUUUUGGCGACAACUCCGAUUAUUCCAAGAUUCAAAGCCAUCCCGAAGUCAAGUUUAUGGUUGAGAAAGACCUUCGGGUUCACCUUGCAGCUGGUACCAAUGUCACAGUUUCAUACAUUGACAGCGCCGAUCACCCUGCUGCUAAGGAAGCACGACGUCGGAUCUCAACUUCUGAUGAUGACCCAGAGGCCAUGACUCCUAAGAGCUUCUCGGAUAUCUUCUCGCCACUUCCUCCCCCCACCACCCGUUACCCUGCCGCCAUGGUUGAGUUGGAUGAAUUUCUCCUCCGGCUAUCUCGGUUCUGUGUCGUUCACCGUAAACCACCCAACACUCAACAAAUCCUCAGUCUAUGGAAUGUCAGAUCCCCUAUUGCUACCUCUCUUCGUCACAUCCACAUUGGACCAGACGACCCACGCCUUAUGAAGUUGCAGAACAGAAGCCUUCAAGACCUCACACGACAUUGA